GAUAGCACAAACGCGCAACGUUCUAUGUUGGAGGGGAUAUUUAACUGUCUCCAUUAUGGAAUACUCCUAAAAGAUGUUUUGUAAAGACAAUCCCUGAUUCAUGAAAAAUGUCGUUACUCACUUGUCUGAUUAUCUUAUUUUCCGGAUUUUGUGGGCAAGGUAAGAUUAACUAACUCUUAACAGCUUACAGCCAGCAACUUAAAAACUUCCCUACAUGCUGCUUUUACACUCUCUUAGUUUUCCUUUCGUGAGCUCUAAGAUUAUUACAGAAACAGACAAGCCUUUAUAUACGAAAAAAUUUGUUUUCCCUCUGUGUUAGAUCUGAGAUAAAACAAAAUUUUGAUGAUUUCCAACAGGCCGAUUAUGCUGGCUAAUAAACAAAAAACCGCCACCAUGGAGUUAAGAGAAUUUUUAAUAAGUGAUGCCUAUGUCGUGACUGCACAGAUUCUGAGUUUUAUUAGUUUUGGCGAGGCGCAUUUUUGUUUAUUUGUGUUUCGAAUUUGUAUUUGUUUCUUUCGUUUUUUCGUUUCUUGCGAAAAUGAAUCACCAGUUUGCCAUUUUCAUAUCCAGUUUAUCUGUGAUAAAUAAAUGGAAGAUUAAACAAUUUAAAGACAAUUUUUUUUAUCACCUUAGAGCACUGCGAUUUGAUUCAACACACGCGAGGGUGAUCAAAAACUCUAUUCGAAUACAGAUGUAAAUAAAAUGUAAAAUAAACAAGAUUUCCUUAACGAUUCUCUUGCAAACUGAUUUCAGAUAGGAUACUGUGGUCCUCCAUAAAUGACAAUUUGAAAAUUUUCCCAUGACCCCCCUUGUAAUUGACAAAGUUACGAUAUUUUUAAAAGAAGGAAAUUCUUGAUGUGAUUAGCUGCAAGCACAAUUAACAAUAAAAGUUUUCAUUUAAGUUUUCUAGUUAAAGUGAUUUCAUAUUUUAUUUAACAGCAUUGGCACUUCACGAGAGAGUUCUUGUCGAGAAGUUACUAGAGCAUUAUCAUACGGGAUUACGGCCAGUGGUCAAAAAUAGUUCCCAACCGACACAUGUCAACAUAAGUUUGAGACUGGUGCAGAUUUUUGAGAUGGUAGGAGAAAGCAUGAAAAUAUAUGUAGGCACGUUUAGCGUGCAGGCGUUUAGCUUCGAUUCAAUUCAUAUGCAUGUAAUUGAACAAUAUGAGUGCCGCUAUCACGUCUAAAACAAGAAAAAACACAGCUUUAUCUUCAGUCUUCUCAUUUGAAUCGUCUAGGAUGUCAAGAAACAAGUUAUUAUCACAAGUGUCUGGCUUAAACAGGUUAGUUUGAGCGCUCGUCAACACUUUGGGCUUAUUGAAAUUAUUUCUCUAUUCUGUGCUCGGUAAUAACAUAGCGCGGUGCGAUCAUCUUAAAGAAGGUAAUCCCGAAAAUAAUUAAUGUCGAUGAAAUUGAUUGACGCUUCCUUAACCUUUCAUGGAUUCCUAAUCAGAGUUUAGUUACGUGUAGUUUGACAAUGGGAUUUUAACACCCCGGUCAGUGAAAACCAAGAUAACUUAAUAUUCUCUUGUAAAAAGUGAUUGGCGACGGUCUUUGCGUGAUGUUACCAAAGUUGCUUACGGAGUCUUCAAGCCAGUAACACAGCAUGCAAAUACAUAACAACCAAUCAUUUUAUCUCAAAGAAAAUUUUUUUAAAAAAAACCCCAUUCCCCGUUUCAAUUUGUAAAACUAAAAAAAAUGUAAUCCUUCGUUACAUGAACUAUGUGUCAGCAGUGCACGGUGCGGAAAGAGAAUUUGAAAUGUACAGCGGGAAAACUUUAUCCAUCCUUGUGAUCAAGGCUUUGGAUUUUAACUUCACAUGCCACUGAGUGCUUUAUACUCUACAGGCUUGGUUUGAUCCCGAGUUAAGAUGGAACAAAUCUCAUUACGGUUGGAUCGAUGAGAUCAGUUUGUUUCCUAAUGAUGUUUGGGUACCGGAUACCGUCCUAUUAAACAAGUAAGCUCACUGAGCAUGCAUAUCAAACGAUUAUCCUUUAUAAUUAUCCAACUGCACUUAGUACAAAUAUAGCACGAAUAGAGUACAAAUAUCGUGCGAUAUUUUACGAUUAUUUUACGAUUAUUUGCGUUACGCUUCUCUAUCCGCUUUCCUGUUCCCGCCUUAUGAGAAAUCAACAGAAAGACUUAGCAGGAAAAAAUGCAGUUGGAUAAUAAAUAACUUAUUAGACGUUUUGAUGUGUUAUAUCGCCCAGCAUUUUUACUCCUUUGUAUUUCGGACUCGCGCAACGGGCUAGUCAAAAUACGGCACAACUCGUAAAAAUACUCAACGAUACUACACACCAAGACGUUUUAUAAGAAAUAUUUUUUUAACCAACUGCACUUGGCAGGGUACAAAUAACGCGCGAACUGAACAAAAAUACCACGCGAUAUUGGAAGGUUGAUUGUUUUGUCUUGCAAAAAAAUUUGUCUAUCCGGUCGGCUGCGCGUGCUACGCUUCUCUUUCUGCUUCACUUUUCCCGUCUUACAAGAUAUGCGCUUAAAAUAAAGCAAUUGGAUAAUAAAUAACUUCUUAAACGUUUUGGUGUGUAGUAUCGCUAAGAAUCUCCACUCUUUGUUUGCGUUUUGACUCGCCUCACGGGCAAGUCAAAAUACAGUACAACUAGCUCGUAAAAAUACUCAGCGAUACUUCACACUGAAACUUCUUAUUAAAUAUAUAUUCAUAUUUUAGCUUAAAUAUCAGAAAUUCACAAUUUACGUUAUUCGUGUGUGUUCAAAACUUGGUGGAAAACUGGUCGAUAGGUUCUGUAAAUAUCAGGGAAGAAGCAAUAUCUGCUAAAAGGAUAUGUAAAACACUUGAAAUUCAACUUAAAAAUACCUUAGUAGCCCUUUGACCUUUUAUAAAAAUAUCACCUCUUUCAGUGCUGAUACCUACAAAGUGGGCAAACCAUUAGGUACGCACAAUCCCUUGCUGGUAACCUCUCAGGGUACAGUCCGCUGGCUUGCGCCGGUCAUCCUCAAGAGCACGUGCAAGUUAAGAGUGAGGUAUUUCCCAUUUGACGAACAGUUCUGCAAGCUCAAGUUUGUUUCCUGGACGUAUAGUAAAAGCGCAUUAGCUCUGGAACCCGAGGACACAGAGAUAUUACAAAACUAUACAGGUAAUUUUAUUUAUCUUUCAUUGCGUUUUUCCACCUCUCAUAUUAGGUCUCUUUUUUUUCGCCCACUAGCUAGGAUGCAAAUAACCGUGGACAGACGCAGCGGCAAAAUGAGUGCAUGCGCCAUCACUUUUGCCGCUCUUUCCCGCCGACAAACAAUAUACGCACUAACUGUGUUUCAGGCCGCCGAAAAAGCUUUUUUUGCUUUGAUAAUGAUUUGUACUCUUCUUUGGACGUUUUUCUAUUUUCAGCUGAAAAGCUCGUUGACUUAAAAUAAAAAAUGCGUGCUUAGUGCCUGAAGGGGGUGAAAGGUUAAUCUCGUACGUAGAUCCUGCCGUAUAACAGAAAUGCUUGGCCGUGGAUGGUCCAGGUACGAGACUGGGUGAAGGGACGCCUACACUGCGGGAACAGUCUCUCUUAUUCCGUGGAUUUUUCGUAAAUGGAGGCUACGUAGAGUCGAUCCACAAAGGCUUAAUCCUGCCGGAUAGAUAGAUAAAUUAAUAAAUGCAUAUGUUCAGGGGAAUAUAAUUAUUUCAUGAAUGCCAUUCUUUUUUAUUGAAGUUAAUUUCCGUUUAUCUCAUUUGAUUUGUUUUGUCCUCUUUCUACCAAACAGUGCUAUUAUGAAAGCAUUUUAUCUUGUUUUACUUAUAGAAAGUGGAGAAUGGUACUUAAAGCGUGUGUACGCGCUAAGAUCAUCAAGCAAGCCUACUCAUACCAACCAAGAGAACAAAUCAGCAGUGACGUACAUUAUUCACAUUAGACGCAAGUUCUUUUACUACUUCGUGUACCUCAUCGCACCUUGCAUGAUGAUAUCAUUCAUGACGUUGAUCUUAUUCACCCUCCCCCCUGAGAGUGGCGAAAGAAUGGUAGUGGGCGUGACCAUUCUGUUGUCACUCACUGUGUUCUAUUUGUUGGCUUCUACCCAUAUCCCUGAGACAUCAGAAGUGGUACCACUGAUUCUAAGGUAAGUUGAGAAUGAUUUCCGCUAAUCACUUAGUUGAUUAAUUCAUUUAUAGUUUAAGAGAUAAGAACAAGAAGAGCUUCUUAAGACACGAACAAAAUCGCGCAAGUACUUCGCCGUACGUAUCCACGAGUCUAAAAAAAAAUUUACGUUCUCACAAAGACGUAGUUCAGUUCUAUCACGAUUCACAAAACUCUUUUUCCAAUAAUCUCGAUGCAUGGACCUAAAAUGGCGCAUCACAAAAUCAUAGUCACCAAUAGUCUUCCCCCCCCUUACAUACACACACACACGCACUCCGCCAUUUUGAGCGGAUAAUCGCUAUGCAUGCAUUGCACAUGAUAGUGUGAGGGUGUUUUUUUUUUGUUUUUUUUUUUUGCAGAUACUACGUGUUGACUAUCAUUGAGAUUUCAAGCGCUUUGGCUUUAACCUGCUGGGUUUUAAGGUUCCAUCAUUACAACACAUCUAUUGGAAGGAUCCCAAACUGGGUCAGGGUAUGACUUCUCCCUAAUCAGUAGAUACAGUAUAUUCCUUUGCUUGCUCAUCAGGAAUAUGUGGUUCUCCUGAGUUCGAUGCAUUGACCCAAACUGGGUCAGGGUAUGACUUCUCCUUAUUCAGUAGAUACAGUAUAUUCCUUUGCUUGCUCAUCAGGAAUAUGUGGUUCACCUUAGUUCGAUGCAUUGAGCCUGUCUCUGUUGUUUUAAGGUAUGCAUAUUCGGUUACGUUGCCAAAGCAGUGCUAUACAAAGUUCCAGAAGGAAUCUCCAUGGCAACCGAAUCAGUGGAAGAACAAGGUGGGAUUCGAAACUAAAGAUUAUAAAAAAAAAGGUCUAACUUAACUUGUAACAAGAGGUAUUAUAAUUUAUGGUUUGUUUCUCUUCCGAGGAGCACUUGAGUCAGCGGCAGCUGCUACACUUUUGUGCUCACCAGAAACAAAAGAGAGAUUAAAAAUUUAUUUAUUUCAGGAUCUACAGGGGGAGGGGGGGGGAGAGUUUUGAGAGGAUCACAUAGUUUUCAGGAGAAACGGAGGGGAAGUAUAUAAUAACCUGUCUCUGAGGAAAUUGCCUGAAUUAAAUGUUUGACAAAUGAGGAACCCUUUGAUUUCAAAAUCAUAAAAAGCCAGCAAGUCGAAAUCUCAACCCAGCCCUUUCCUCCACUCUCUUGAUGAUUUGUCGCUGAUUUAUCACCAAACCGUUUGUAAGCAUAACUUUUUUUCCAGAAAACAGAGACAUCAUUGACAGAGAAAUCAACGGUAGCUCCUUGGCUCGUCGACGCCUUCCCAAGGAGCCUAGCGGUAUUACGAUGAUGGCCGAACGGGAGCUGAAGAAACAAGAAGAAGGGAACAUACAGGAAGAAUGGCAGCUUGCCGCGCGCAUCAUCAAUCGGCUUUUCCUUGUUGGCUAUUUGAUUGCCGUUAUCUUAUCCAUAUUUGGUAUUUUCUUACAAGUUCCGGGAGUUUUCGUCUCUAGGCCCUCGCCGCCAACUUCUGACGAGGAGUAGCUGUGGUUGAAUUUCUUCGUGUAAGUCAAACGGUGAACAAACACAACAUUUAGUAAGUAGAUCAACUGAGCCGUUCAGUAUUUCAGCCAGUCAGUACGCUGGUCAACAAAUCUGCAUUUCAGUAAGCGAUUAAUUAAGUCAAAACUUGGUUUGUCAGUCAGUCACAGCCGUUUCGUUCUCAGUAAUUAGGGAACCGUUUACGAUACUAUUACGGCGACGUGUGGUAGAACGUUGCCGAAAAACGCAGUAUAUUUCCCUCCGAGACUUUUUCUGCCAAUUAAUAGCUCGAUACGUUUAACGUUUCCGAAGGUACGACAUCUUCACUUCAGCACAACAUGUAAAUGUAGUGUUGAGUUUAAAAUAAUAAAGUGUCUAAAUUGCUGUCGAGGUUUCCUCGCUAAGAGGAGGUAAAAGUUGGCGAUUUCACGUUUUAGUUCUGUGUGGGACGGCUAAGAAAUGUGCAAAGUUUUAAAACGCACGUAUUUUUGGCAGUUGUUUUUCUCGUUAGGUCUUUUGUUUCACUAAGAUUUAGUUGCCGUCGCCGUCGUGGUUCUCGUUAAGUCCCAGACUUAGUCAGUAAGUCAGUCAUUACGUUUGUCAUACCGAAAGAUAGCUCUUAGUAAGUCACUUAGGCAGUGAGCCUGGCAAACCUUCAAGUAAAUGGGCUCCUUGCCAUUUCUCCUCUUUACUUAAACAUGAAUAGAACAUCCCGAAGGAGAUAAAGAUCUAAUCGUAAAGUAGAGAUCAGGGGAUGAAAAUAAAUGGAUUUCUUGUUAAGACAUAUAAUUGAAAUAAAAAGAUUAGAUAGUCUAGAAAAGCCGAUUUAUUAUCUUGUGAUAGCUGCUAUUCAGAGACACGGGUCACGAAAUCUGAUGGUCUGGGGUUCGACUUCUCGUGGAAAUUACACAUUUUUUGUGCCUCGCCUGCAAUAAAAAUACUUUUUAAUCAUAUCAUGACUAUGUAAUAGAUAUGAUCUCGAUGCGCUUGCACCUUAAGUUAAACUGUGAAAUCCAAUUCCCAUUGGUGCAUAAACAUACGAAAAAAAGGUUCCUUAUGAUGGACGCUUGAUUCUCACGAUUGAAUCAUUUUUGACUAAAAUCGCAUCGAGCUCAAAUCAGCUGAAGAUUUCCC